AUGCAUAAGAGCAAAGUCGUAAAUACAAAACGUGAACGUCGUUCGUCAAAUAAUAAAAAUCAGAACAAUAAUAUAUCCAAGCAACCACAAACAGAAUCAUAUUCGACAAUCGGUGCUUUAGUUACCGGUCUAACAAGUACACAAAUCAAUAUGUCUAAUGAUACAAAUCAAUCUGAUACACUAAUUAUAAAACCAACAUCUAUUGAAAUAAAUAAUCAAUCAAAUGGAAUUCUACAUGAAAAUAUAAAUCAUUCACCAUCAAAAUCUCUUAAACUUAAAAUAGGUAAUGAAACUGAACAUGAAAAUCUAUUAACAACAAACGGAUAUAAUCAUACUCAAACAAAUUCAAAUGAUCAUAUAUAUGAGACACCAUCAAACAUCGAUAAUAAUCUUCUAUCCUCAUUAGAAACACCAACGAUUUCAUCAUCAGAUGAACAAGGUAAUAAAUCUAUUCAAAAUAGUCAUUUAACAUCAAUAAAUUCUCAUAAAGAAUAUCAUACAAAUCAUGACCUUGAUAAUGGUGUAGUAUCUGAAGUGAUAAAUCCUACAACUAAUAAUGGUAUUGAAAUAGAAAAAGUUAAUCUUGAUGAUGCAUUAAAUUCAACAAAUGCCCUAACAUCAUCAUCAAUAUUAUCAGCAGCACGUCUUCUUGAAAUCAAUCAACCACGUGAAUCAAGUCCAACAAGUGGUGUUAUUAUACCUGAGGAAAAACGCGUUACUGAUCGCGUUAAAGUCUUUGAAGCUGUUGCUAAUAAUGAUCAAUCAAUACAUAAAAAACAAACAAUAAAAAAUGGGCAUCAAAAAAAAACUUCAUCAUCAACAACAAAUUUUUCAAUAAAUGAUCUUAAACAAAAUAAUAAACGUGAACAACAAGUAUCUCCAUCAUCAUCAUCAACAACAGAAAGUCUGGAUAUUCAAUUAACAAAUGAUUUAAAAUCAUCAACGACAACCAAAAAUAAAUCCAAACGUCCAUCAUUAAAGAAACAAAUACAGAACUUACUUAAAAUAGAUAAAACAUCAGCACAAGAUGAUUCAACAAUUAUUGAAGAACAAUUAUCAAUAACAAAUCCUAAUAAAAAAUCGAAUACACUUAAUUCAACACGUAAUAAUAAACGAGAUAAUGAUGUACCAACAGCAACAUCAAUAACACUAAAACGUUCAUCACCAUCAACAUCUCAACAACAUAGUCCAACAAAUGUUAAUGAUACAUUUAAAAAACGUUCAUCACCACCAUUAACAACAACAAAACGUAUAUCACCAAGAGAAUCACCAACAAAAAGUCAACAAAAUUCUCCUAUACCAAAUGUUACAGAAUUUAAUAUGAAACCUAUUGCUGUUGAACCUCUUCAAAUAAAUAUUGAAUCAAAUUUAACUAAAAAAAAAACUCCAUCACCAACAAAUAAAAUUUCAACAAAUGGUUUAUUAACAAGUGAAAUAGAACAACGUCGAAGUUCAACAGGUGUAUCAAAAUUAAUUCAUACAUUUCAAGGUAACUCAUCUCAUGAACUUGAACAAACAGUUCUUGUACCACGUUUACGAAGUCCUACUCAAUCAAUAAAUUACUCAGAAAGUCCUACAUCAUCAUCUGGCGUGUCUCAAACUGAUCCAUCAACAAAUCUUGUUCUUGGUAGUUCAUCAAUAAAUAAUUCAAUUUCUCCUUCUCUUAAUCAUAAUACAACUGUUCCUUCAACAUCAUCUAUUUCUGUAACAACACAUAGUCCAAUGUCAUCCGGUGUUGGUGAUAUAGUAAAAACAACGACACGUUCAGUUUCAAUGGAAUCGGGCACACGUAAUCGUUCAAAUCUUCGGGACCCAUCACCAUUAUCAUCAGGAAUGCAACGACAAGGUCAAAAUGAAUUUGGAAAUUGUUCACCAUAUGCAUUAUUUAAUCAAUCAACAAACGCGAUGGUUACUGAUAAUUUACGUGUUCAACAUCAACGUGAAAAACAAGAAUUAUCAGAAUUAAAUGAUCGAUUUCGAGGAUAUCUUGAUCGUGUUAAAACUCUUGAAAAUAAAAAUGCUAAAUUAACCGGUCAACUUGAAGAUAUAACAAAAACAUGGGGUGCAGCAUCUCAAGCGAUCAUAGCACAAUAUUCGACACCACUUGAUCGUCUACGCCAAGAAGUUAAUGAAAGUAUGAUUGAUGAAGCUGAUUUACAAACACGUUUACGUCGUUCACAUUAUACAAUUGAUAAUUAUCGUUCAUUAAUCAAUGAUGAAACAACAUGGAAUGAUCGACAAGAAGAGAAACGUGAACAAUUAAAACUCGAAUACGAACAUUCAUGUGCUGAAUUAGCUGCUUUACAACAAUCUUAUAAACAAGUUGAAGAUCAACUAAAAAAUUUACUUAAUCAACGUGAAGAAUAUCUUAAUGAAAUUGAUCAACUUAAUGAUCAAUCCUAUAAAGCCACAAUUGAUCGAAUUAAACUAGAUUUACAAGUACAAACACUUCGAGAAGAAAUUCCUUUUCUUAAUGAUGUUCAUGCACAUUUAAUUAAUGAAUUCGAACAAUUAAAACCAACCAAUGGUAUUGAUACACAAUUAUUCUAUCGACAAGAAUUAGAAAAAGCUAUACGUGAUAUACGUCGUGAUUUUGAAGCUUUACAUUCAGCACAACGUAAAGAAAUGGAAGAAUACUAUAAUAUUAAGAUAGAAGAAAUACAAAAUGAUGCAAAAAAACUUUUACCCUUACAAUCACGACAAGAUGAACUAAUUAAAAUAACUGAACAAAUUAAAGCAGCUAAAUUUGAUUUAAAUGAUUCACAAAAAUUAUUAAUUAAUGAAAAAGAAAAAUACAAAGAAUUACAAGAACGUUUAGCUAAAUUAGAAGAAGAAUACAAUUAUGUACGUGAUCAACGUACAGAUGCAAAUGAUUCAAUUAAUAAAGAUUUGGUACUUGCACAAGAACGUAUACAACAAUUAACUAGUGAAAUCGAUACAAUUUUACGAAGCAAUAUAACACUUGAAUCGGAAAUCAAUGUUUAUAGACGAUUAUUAGAUAAUGAAACAAAUCGACUUGCGCCACGUCCAGUCGAACAAAUUUUACCACCUGAACCCGCACCACCAUCAUUUGGCAGUGAAUUAGGAAAAGUUUUUAAUAAAAAAAUUAAAAAAGGUCCUAUUGCUAUCAAAGAUUGUACACCUGAUGGUAAAUGUAUAACACUUGAAAAUAGUUCCACUGAUAAAGAUGUUGAUGUAUCAAAUUGGACAUUAAAAAGACGUGUAGAAGGUUCAUCAGAAAUUUCUUACAUAAUACCUUAUGGUUUAAUAAUGAAACAUGGUACUGAAUUGAAAAUCUUUGCUCGAAGUGCUCAAAAUGCUCAUCAUCGACCACCAUCAGAAGUUGUUAAUGAUAAACUUGAUUCAUGGGGUAUGGGCACAGAAUGUGAAACACGUCUAUUUAAUGAACAAGGUGAAGAACGAGCUUCACAUUCACAAAAAAUUGUCUUUGGGUCAGAAUCAUCACGUAACUUACCAUAG